CUGCUAACGCACACAACCGGUUAAAGUGACAUAGAACACUUUAUAGUUGCAUUUAGGCCUGUUGGUGACUAGAGACGUCAAGAUGGGCACGAAUUAUCACAACGAAGCCUUGAGGAAGCAGAGGGUUGUGGACAGACAACGGGAGUCCGUCAUGAGGAUGGUCAAUCAUGAUACUGGGCCAGAGAGUGCGGCAAGAAAUGAGCUGAGAUCUGGUAAAAAGGCUGUAGAAGAUGUUAUACGGGCCCCAAAAUUGGAGAAGCACCGAGUCCACGAAGACGGGUUUGCAAUCAGAUAUAGAAACAGACAAAAUUUCAAUCCACACGUGGAUAAGGCUUACAAGUGUCUGUACCCGGCCAAAGAUAAUAGUCAAUAUACAGCCGACUCAAACAAAAACAAUUGGAUAGCAAACAAACAAAUCGAAAGCUAUGACCUAAUGCAGAAAAUUAAUGGCAGUUUCCAUGUGGAUGUUGUUCUGGCAACUCCUGAGUGAACCUCUCUCCCAACUUUGGUUUGCUGUAUAAGUGCCAUACACCUGAGACAUGAGGGAGAAAGCAUUCCAAAGAUAGACACUCUAGUCUCACUGACCUAAGACCGGUUGAUUAAUCACUAGGACUUGGAAACAUAGGAACAGCAGACAUCCAUGAAUUCAUGACCAUCAGACAACUUAGUAUCGCCAAUGAAUUAUCUUUCCAUGAUAUUGACAUAUUGAAUGGCAUCAAAUGACAAGGUGCAUUUUGAGCUGGUCUUAGAUCAAUGAAAGUAGAGUACUAUCACAAAGAUACCACAGCCGAACUUUGGUUGUUAUGUUUUCUUACUGCAUGAUCAAGAAUGAAACAAAUUGUACUGGGAAAGCACAAUUUUAAGAUGGUAUAAAGUUAUUAGAACUGACAAUCUUUGUACAUGCAUGCUGUAUCCCUUUAAUGCCUUUGAGUUGGUAAUGAAUUUGAUGGUUAUUUGGGCCUUUGCCUCUGAAUAAGAACAAAGCUGUAACAGAACUAGUCAUUUGAAAAUAUUUGGUUGGAUUAACAACUCUUAUUGAUUUUAUUACCUUACACUUAUUUCAUCACUUUUCUCUUUAAUCCAAUAUCUCCUCUUACUCUGCCGAUUCUUUGCCUGAACCCAACACUUUGAUCAUUCUUAAAAUUUUGAGAAGAAGUGCGUUUUUUUAUCAACGGUUUAAUAAUUUUUAUGUAGUUUUUUCCCCAGAAAUUACUUGUCACAACCAUGAGGCAGCAGAGGACUGUUAAUAUGCUGCAUAAAUUCUUCAAUAUAUAAGCUUACUUUCUCUGUUCCUCACAUCAUACUUUGUGCUCUAUUUUGAGACCCAUAUGAUAGGCCUACCUUCAAAACUAGCCUUAACGGCCUUUCUCCACUUAAGUGUUUCAUGACAUACAUCAACAUUUACAAGUAAAAUUCAAAGUCAUGUACAUUUCAACCUCCAGAGAAAAUUCUUCUUCCUCUGUUUAAUUCAGUGUUCCAUGCUAAUCUUUUUCCAGGAGAACACCAAUGCCAAUGGGUACACCGAUUGACACCAACACGGCACAGAAAACUAAGGCAGAAUUAAGAGAUGAAAGGGUCAAAUCGCGCUUUCCUCCCCUUACUAAAACACCCCGGAAACCGCCCGCAUUCUUGUGGACAAUUGACCGGGAUUCAGUUUACGGGAUUAUCCACCCUUUAGAAUUCCUAGACUGGGAUAUGCCACUGAAUUUACCCGUUAAACCUAUUCCAAACUUUCGCAGGCAGAGGUCACAACUUUUCCUUUCAACAUGGUAGAAUUCUACCAGGAAAGAUGGACAUUUGAUCUGAUGGCUCUGAUGUAAAUAUUUACGAAAAGAAUGUUGUUCACCAUAUGGAAACCUCAUUUUUUAUAUCAUUGAACUGUGUGUAACUGCUGACUGCAGCUGCAGCAGUUCAAAGGAAGAAGAUUAGAUAACUCCUCGACUUCAAGGAGAUAACUCCUUGUCUUCAACUGAAAAUGAUAUGAUUUGUUAAUUGGAUUGGAGGCUUGGUAUAGUCAUUAAAAAUGUCUCCCAUCGUAAGGAUAAAUUUUUCAAAAGAAAAGGAAAAAGGCAUGUGUUGACAAAUUUGUUAAACAAAUUGUUCCCAUGUUUGAUACUAGUUAUCAUGGUUUCUUUGCAAUUGCAUUAUAGCUUUAAAAGCGUUUUAUAAUAUGCAUUUUUGCACAGAUUUACCUUUGGAAUUCAGUUUCACCUAUUUUGCUUCCACAGUUUGACCUAUGUUUUAUUAAUCCACUAAGUUUACAAUCCUGCCUUAUUUUCCUGUGUGGUGUGUUUAAAUUCUUUCUUCACAAGGUGCUCUGUACUUAAUUCAUCAGAUCUUGUUUUACAAUUUUGUGCUUUUACUGUAAAACUGUAAACCUAACAAGAGUCUGAUCUGAUCAUCCUGACUUAUGAUUGGUGUUUAAUGACACUUUAUUUUAAAAUCCUUUUAAAUGCAAACCGCUUUGGUCAAAGCAGUUGGGUAUGUGAGUUUUCAAUUGUCCCCUGCUGAAACAUGUCAUGAUGGCCUCGUUUCUGCCUUUGAUAUUUUAGAUCUAGUCUGUAGCAGCUUGGGUAGCAGAGUAUGAAAGUUUUUUCUCUCAAUGUGUUAAAAUGGUAGAGACAAAUAUAAGUAAUUCUUAACUUAGUGGAAAAUUUCCUCACUAAAGCAAAAGUAGAUACUAAUUCAUAAAAUGCAUGUCUCAGCUUCACACUAGAGUGAUGAUUGCAUUGUCUGCUG